UUAAUUUCCAGUAGUGAAGUAAAGAAUUCGUUGAGGACUUUAUGGUGGCGUAAAGGGUGGGGGAUAUGUUAUACCUGUAUGUUUUCAUAAGUUAGAGCUUGCGCGGAAUCUGUCCAGCAGGUGUCAGUGUACACUUGGUGGCUCUUCUUCGCUGGUUGUUUACCUCACCCUCUUCCUGCUUGUUGACGCCCGGCCGUGGUGGAAACAUGUUGACCACGAAACAUUCCUAUCUUGUCAGAGGAACACAGCCCGUCUCCCUCUGACAGCCCACUCUGUGUCUGUGAAUCCUUCAGACCUUUGAGCAGCAGGGCAGUCAAGAUCUUAUCAGAGGGUCAAAGUAGCAUGGAGGAGAGCGUCAACACCUGGAGCUGCAAGAGAGUGGCCCAGUGGCUGCAGGACGAAGGGUUUGGAGAAUAUGAAGCUCUGCUUUGCACUCAACACCGUCUGGACGGGCUCAGUCUGCUGGCUCUGACUGAAGCGGACCUGCGGGGGCCCCCUUUAGGCCUCACAGUCCUGGGGGACAUCAAGAGGCUCACCAUUGCACUCAGACGCAUCCAGAAGCAAAACCAAGCUCAACUAGAAGCCCUGGGUCUGUCUUCAGUUGAAAGCCUGACAGCUGGUCCCUCGCUGAGCUGCGACCAGGUCGACUUUCGGUACGCCAGGGGCGACCCGCUGGGUCAGAGGACUGAGCUGCGAUUGAGGAACGGUAGCAGUAGCAGACAUUGUUCUGGCUCUGGAGAUGAGUUGUGUCAUUUGCAUUCGAACGGGAGACACCGGCAACAUCUUGCAGGACGACUGGACCCCGAGGUGUGGAAGACGGUCCUCAGCACCGUUUACGUCAUGUUUGUGUUUGGCUUCACCUCCUUCGUCAUGGUCAUCGUACACGAACGAGUUCCAGACAUGAGGACUUACCCCCCACUGCCUGACAUAUUCCUGGACAGUGUUCCUAGAAUCCCCUGGGCUUUUGCUAUGGCAGAGGCCUGUGGACUCAUCCUCUGUUACAUGCUACUGCUGAUCCUGCUGCUGCACAAGCACAGGUCCAUUCUCUUCAGGCGCUUGUGUUCUUUGAUGGGAACCGUGUUUUUGCUUCGCUGCUGCACCAUGUUUGUUACUUCACUGUCUGUUCCUGGGCAGCACUUGCAAUGUGCCAGUAAGAUGUACGAUGAUGCCUGGGGAAAGAUCCAAAGAGCACUAGCUAUCUGGAGCGGUUUCGGGAUGACUCUGACCGGGGUCCAAACGUGUGGGGACUACAUGUUCAGCGGACACACUGUGGUCAUCACCAUGCUCAACUUCUUUGUCACAGAAUAUACUCCGCGUAACUGGAACCUGAUCCACACCAUCUCUUGGGUCUUGAACUUAUUUGGGAUUUUCUUCAUCCUUGCGGCACAUGAGCACUACUCCAUCGACGUUUUCAUCGCCUUCUACAUCACCACUCGCCUCUUCCUCUACUAUCACACCUUAGCCAACACCCGGGCCUAUCAGCAGAGCCGCCGGGCCCGAAUCUGGUUCCCCAUGUUCUCAUUCUUUGAGUGCAAUGUCAACGGACCGGUCCCUAAUCAGUACCACUGGCCCUUCGACAAACCCGCCUUCAUGAAGACGAUGAUUGGCUGAGGCUUACAUCUUUUUUAUUCUUAUUUGAGGGAAUUUAUUUAUUUAUAUGACUCUUUUGAUACAGAAAUCUUACUAAGGGUAUGAUUUGUUUGAUAAAAUUUCAUGUUCUAUUUGUAAUGCAGGUUAAAUAAUAACUGAUGUUAUCAGUGCUGCCUUCCGUGCUUUGAAUGCGCAUUUCAAAAAGUGAUUCAACGUUAUGUCUGACUUUAAUAUUAUGAGCUACACAGAGAGCUCAUUUGAAUACCUCCACUCAGAUAUGAUGAUUUUGUAGCAUAAUACAUUGAUUCUACUAAAUUUUUAACAAUAGCUUCACCAAAUCUGUUUUAAUUGUAUGCUAAUUUCAUAUUCCUUCAAUUUUUCCAGAGAGUAAAAAUAUUGUUUACAUCAACAGAAAGUAUUAUUGUAAAAAAAAAAUAGUUUACAUUGUGUGUCUUUUUUGUAUUUAAUCCAGGGGA